UCCCGCACGGAGGCCUAGCUGCAGGCGUAAAAUGUUAACAUUUUUCUAAAUAUUUACCCUUCGCAAGCAGCAUUAAACGGCGUCUCGAGUCGAGCACGAGAUUUACGCCCUUCUGUCAGACAGCUGAUUCGGGGAAAGCUGCUAGCGAAGAGAAAAAAAAAACAGGAAAACUUUGCAGUACGUAAUGUUAUCUCGUGCGGAACGCUAUUAAUAGAUACGUAAGACGGGGUUCGAGUUUUGAAUAAUAAUAACGAUACGAUAGAUAUACCGUAUCCGUAAAACGGAAGCUGUAACGAUUAGACAAUGGAUUUCAAAUGUCCUCUCUGUGAUAUGCCAAUGCCGUCGCUGGAGAAGCUCAAACAGCACAUAAAGAACACUCAUAGUGCAUAUUUUUACGAUACCUACCUGUUCCCACCGGAAAUGCUCUUCCCAGGAGCGCCCUCCAGCGCCGCAACAAACAACGUGGAAGGGGUGAUAACAAGCGAACCGAUGUCCACACCGGAAGUGACAAUCGAACAAACGGAUGAGCCGUGCUGCGUGUGCUGUGAGUACGAGACAACCGACGGCGAUGGAACCGAUUGUGGGUUGUGUGAUUGCAACUGCGAGGAUGACGCCGGUGCGGAGUGUGAUGACUGUAUGGUGAUGUAAGUACACUGUUAACUUUAGACUACUUGUAUAGAAACAUAGUAGAACUUUAAGCGCUGCCUGAGGAAAUCCAAAACAUAGGAAAACACAUUAGCUCGCAAAAUCGAUGUUACACAUAUAGUUUUUAAAAGUGCCUAUACUUCUGCAAAAAUCAAACGUCAUGUUACAAAAAAGCACACAAACACAUAUGAAUUCAAUCAAGGACAAAACAUACGUACAUUCGAGCUCGAAAGUUGAUUUUAGCAUUAGCAAACGUUACGUAUCGAACAGCAAUCUGAACUCUUCCGAACAAGCAAAAGUCUUUACAGCAUUCUUUACGAAACGACCGCCUCCAACGAGGGGUGAAAUCAUACAAAUGUGCCAACAGUCCCACUUGAUGUACCACGUGUCCGAGCUUAGGGAACCAAAAGUUUCUGUUUCGAUCACCUCUUUUUCAUUAGUUAACUAUAGUCAAUUGGGUCAUAACCUAUAUUGAAACGAUACAAACAUUUUGUUUGAGAAAACUUUAACAAACAAAGAAUACAUUAAAAAAAAUAGUGCAAACAAAAGUUCAAGGUUAGACUGAAAUUGUCAAACAGUAAGGGGCAAUAUUCUGUCAAACAGAGGACAACAUUAGGAAUCGCAUCAAACAGGACAAAGAUGAAUAUGUUAUGUUUUAACUUCCUUAGAAGGUGUAAAAUGAGAAGAAUAGGAUCAAGUCUUUUCAAUCUUCCCAGGCUUCGGAAGUCCCUUAUAUGAUUAAGUAGUAUAGUCAUGUGGUCUAAAAAGAAGAUAUACCAGGGUAAAACGCAUACCAAUAUACGAUAGUAGUCGUUAGCAAUGGGUGUUAGAGCAGAGCUACCUAUUCCUCCUAGUGGUUAGAAUAUGUGCACUUGUACGAAUAGGAAAGUUUGUUGGACAGAUUUAAGGAAUUGUAGG